AUGGUUCGGUCUUUAAUCCAUCUUCCAGACGAGAUUUUGAAUUCUAUUUUAUGUUAUUCCUCCCCCCAUACUUGCGUCGCCGUUGAGGAAACCAACACCCGAUUUCGAAACGUAACGAAUGAACCAUUACUAUGGCGUCACCAUUGUGAGUCGCAUUACAAGUUUUGGGACGGACGACAUGAGUUGCCUCGAAGACUCGUUUCCCCAGUGCACUUGACCGAUUGGAAGGCGCUCUUUGUAUUCAAGUAUCAGGUCGACCGAUCCGUCACUCGGCUUCUCGAUAGUAUACUUGGUAGUCAGACGGGCCGCAUCGAGAAGUUUCGUCGUGUUAUCAAUCUGGGAAACGAUGCAAAAGAUACUCUUUUGCGCCAUAGCCUAGUAGAGUCCGGGGAUGAUCAUUUGGCUAGAAGGUGGGCUACUGAUUCUAUGCAAAUUGGCAUCUUGUACUAUGCCCGCGCGCUCUUGACUUGCUUGCACCGAAGCAUUGCCAUACCAGAAUGGGUGAAACUGAGGCACGGAGAACCUGUUUCCCUCGACCGAGCCUUGGGUUGCUUUGAUCUCUUUAUAACUGAAACUGGGACUGGGGGUUUGGAUGAAAUUCGAGAAGCUCUCAAUGUGGUUCUCGAACGCUUUGUGAGGUCUCAUCCUGAUCUCCAACUCUCCACCCCUCGUGAGAAGGCACUGGCUAUAGCAUCCUGGCUAGAGGCAAAUGAUCUCACGGGAAUCGAUCCGGAGCGAGAAUAUCAUGCUUUGGAGCAUAAUUUUCUAGGGCUGGCUCUAAGGAGCCCAGGGCAUAACUCUCUCCCACUGGUGUCUGCUGCGAUAUACUGCUUUGUCGCGCAGGGUAUCAGCCUUGACGCCCAUCCUUGUGGGUUCCCAUUCCAUGUGCAUGUGAUUGUCAGACCAGAGCCCGGUUCAGACAUCGACGGCAAUGUGUUGUCGGGGAUGGAGCCAGGCGAGCCCCUUUACUUGGAUCCGUUUCGGGGCGCGAGGGAGACUCCCAUUUCUACCCUGCGCAGCCAAUUGACAUUCUUAGGAAUGUCUGACGCUGACCAAGACACAACCUUGGGCGAAGCUUUGACUUCGGGCGUUGUUCUGCGCUGUGGUAGGAACAUAUUGAACUCAAUUCGCGCCGAAUCCCAAGUCCCCAACCUACAUACCAAUUCCAUAGAUGUCGUCAGCGCAAAGUAUGCAGCACUUUGGUCUGUGAUGCUUCUAUCCAUUGACUCAAGGCCCACGGAUCUACGUCGUCAGUUGCCAUGGCUCAUGGAAAUGUUCGCUGCAGACUUCCCUUUCGAUCUAUUUCUAAUCGAGCAGCAUAUUGCUCCUCUAUUUCACGGGUUGUUUGAGCACGAGCACAUUCUAGAGAGUCUUCAUGUGAUGAGAGCUGCAGAUGAGAUUCCGAAGCAGGUUCGGAGGCGAGGCGAUGGCAGUGGUAACAUACGAUACAUGGUGGGCCAGGUUUUCCGCCAUCGUCGUUAUCAUUACGAGGCUAUUAUUACCGGCUGGGACUCAGAAUGCGGCGCCGGUGAACAGUGGAUGAGGAGAAUGGGCAUCGAUAGGCUGGAAGCGGGCAGGAACCAAAGCUUCUAUCAUGUGCUGGUGGCGGAUCGGAGUGUCCGAUACGUGGCUGAGGAAAAUAUUGAGGUGAUUCGGUCUGACUUUACGGAAUUGCCUGAUAGCCUGAUUUCUAUCGCUGGUAAACAUUUUAAACGGUGGGAUCCGAACAGAAGGUUGUUUGUGAGUAAUAUGAAGGAUGAAUACCCAGAUGACUAG